AUGUUCGACAUAUUCCCCAAGAUCCUCAGCUCCAUCGCCUCCUUCCUCUUCCCGCUGUUCGCCUCUUACAAGGCGCUCAAGACCUCAGACCCGGCCCAGCUGACGCCAUGGCUGAUGUACUGGUCUGUCCUCUCGUGCGCGCUCCUGGUCGAGUCCUGGUUCGAGUUCAUCCUCGUCUGGGUGCCCUUCUACGCCUACCUGCGCCUGCUGUUCCUGCUGUACCUCGUGCUCCCGCAGACCCAGGGCGCCCGCUACCUGUACGAGACUUACCUGCACCCCUACCUCGAGGAGAACGAGGGCAACAUCGAGGACUUCAUCGCCAGCGCCCACGAUAGGCUCAAGGCCGCCGGCAUGGCCUACCUGAAGCAGGCCAUCGAGAUGCUCAAGACCAGGGUGCUGGGCCUGCCCCCGACCGCCGAGCGCGACGAGGACGUCCGCGCCAAGGAGGCGCCCCAGUCCUACACCCAGACGUUGCUGGCUAGGUUCAGCGUCCCUGCGGCCCGGUGGACGAGCGGCGUCGGCGGCGCGACCGGCGCCGGCCACGACUUCUACAACCUCCUGGCGGGCGCCGUGAGCGCCGCCACUGGGGCCGGUGCGCUAGGCGCCGCCGGAUCCGGCGCAUACAGAGGAGCCAGCCGCGGCGGAGAAGAUCUGUCGGCGAGCGGGACCCUGGUGCCCGACAACAUCCGCGGCGCCGACGAGAAGAUGAGCUUCAUCGCGCUGCAGAAGGAGAAGCUCGGGUUCCUGCUCACCGCCCUCGACAAGGAGGCUAAGGAGCUCGAGAAGGGCGAGCAGGACCGCAAGGCGCAGGAGGCCGCACGCAAGGACACGCGGCCCACGAGCAUGAGCCUCGACGGCGGGGAGGCCACCGCGGCCGUCUCGUCGUCGAGCAGGCCGCAGAGCGGGCACAGCAUGUUCAGUGCGCUGAGCAAGAGCAAGAGCGAGGUCGACUUCGAGAAGAUCGAGGCCGAGAGCGGCGCCGAGGACGACGUCAACGACGGCCUCAGACACCGGCCGCAGGCUGCCAGUAGGACCGGCAGCAGCAAAGCCCCCUGGAACUUCCUGGGCUGGGGGUCCAUGACGACGGGCGAGCCGACAGAGGGCCCGAACGAGCCCCAGGACUAG